GCUAAAUCUCCUUUAAAGCCAUGUAAGAUCCGCUCCCUCCCCUUCCGUGUUGACGAAGAGCAGAUCGUCUUCUUGUCUGGGCAUCAUUUCUUCAUGCUAACCAGAUAGUUCCUCGUCGCAUCCAGUCACUCUUUGCACUGCUUCUUCAGGAUGCGCAGCCACUCGUUCUUUCCCGCCCUAAUCGGGCUUCUCCCUCUCGUUCCUGUUUCGGGUGUGGUUGCCUCUCCCUGCCACCAGCACGGUCCUCGCCAGGGCGUGGGCCAUGCCCAUGGUCCCGGAGGAGGCUCUCAUAAUGGAGCUGGCAAUGGUUUUGGCGGUGGCCAUGGUGGCGGCCAUGGCGGAGGCUCUCAUAAUGGAGCUGGCAAUGGCUAUGGCGGUGGCCAUGGUGGUGGCCAUGGCGGAACCCACGGUGGUUUCCCUCCGUAUAAUGGCAAUGGAAGCUCACCCAUAACCACCACCACUACCACCAGCACUACCACCGGCGCUACCACGACCACAACCACCGGUACCACCACCACCACUACCACCACCAGCACGACUGCCACCACCACGUCUACUGCCAGCCCGACUGCUUGCAGUGACUACUGGCUUGAAAACAUUGCUCACCAGGGCCUUGCUCCCUAUGCCAUUCCGGGCUAUAGUGUCUUCCGCAGCGUCAAGGAGUUUGGCGCCAGGGGUGAUGGUAUCAACGAUGACACCGACGCCAUCAACGCCGCCAUCAGCUCCGGCAACCGAUGCGGCCCGGGAUGCGAUGGUUCCACCACGCGCCCGGCUCUCGUCUACUUCCCCCCUGGCACGUACCUCGUCUCCCGCCCCAUCAUCGACUACUACUACACCCAAAUCAUCGGUAACGCACGAUGCCGGCCCGUGAUCAAGGCCAGCGGCAACUUCACUGCUCCCUGGGUCAUUGACAGCAACCCAUACCAAAACGAUGGUAACCUAGCCUGGGGCUCUACCAACGUCUUCUGGCGCCAGAUUUCCAACUUCAUCAUCGACAUGAGGGAUGGGUUGGGACCCACGGAUCCAAACCUGCCCGGUCUGGCAGGUAUCCACUGGCCUUCCUCGCAGGCCACUUCCCUCUCCAACAUCGAGUUCAUGAUGACUCGGGACCCCGCUAGAAGGCAGCGAGGCGUCUUCAUGGAGUCAGGAUCAGGCGGUUACCUGGGUGACCUGACCUUCAACGGCGGCCUCUAUGGUCUCGAAGUCGGCAACCAGCAGUUCACCAUGCGCAAUUUGGUAUUCAACAACGUCCAGACGGCCAUCCGGCAGAUCUGGUCCUGGGGCUGGACGUACCAAGGCAUCGAAAUCAACAACUGCGGCGUUGGCUUCGACUUCACCUCGGUCAGCGACGCUCCCGCGACAUUAGGUCAAUACACGGCCGGCUCCAUCACCAUCCUUGACAGCUCCAUCAACAACACGCCCAUCGGCAUCCGGAUUGGCAAUGCCGCCGCCAACGACACGCGGUCCGUCAACAACUUCAUCUUCGAGAACAUCGCGCUCAACAACGUGCCCGUCGCCAUCCGCGACGAGAAUAACGGCGGCAGCGACCUCGCCGGCACGACCACCAACACCGUCAUCCGCGCCUGGGGCCGUGGCAACGAGUACAACACGGCCACCGCCACCAACAACACCGACGGCACCCCCAUCCCCGGCACCUUCACCCCCUUCCCGCGCCCCGCCAGCUUGCUCGCCCCCAACGGCCGCUACUACGCCCGCUCCAAGCCUCUCUACUCCGACCUGCCGGCCUCCUCCUUCCUCAGCGCGCGCUCCUUCGGUGCCACCGGCAACGGCGUAACAGACGACACCGCCGCGCUCAACCAACUCUUUGCUGCCGCCGCCCAGCAGGGCAAGGUGGCCUACAUCGACCACGGGCAGUACAUCGUGACGCGCACCGUCUUCAUCCCGCCCGGCACGCGCAUCACGGGCGAGUCGUACCCGCAGAUCGUGUCCGCCGGUUCCUUCUUCAACAACGUCGCCAACCCCCAGCCCGUCGUGCAAAUUGGCACUGCAGGCCAGGCGGGCAGCAUCGAGUGGUCCGACACCAUCGUGUCCACGCGCGGGCAGCAGCGCGGCGCCAUCGGUAUUCAGUACAACCUCGCCAGCGCCGGCUCCAGGCAACCUUCGGGCAUGUGGGACGUGCACGUGCGCAUUGGCGGGUUCAGGGGGUCCAACCUUCAGCUGGCGCAGUGCGCCAAGACGCCCCAGACCGACGCCAACGUUAAUGUUGGUGCCAACAUCAACCAGAACUGUAUCGCCGCAUUCAUGAGCAUGCACAUCACCGCCCCCUCGUCCGGUCUGUACAUGGAGAACUGCUGGUUCUGGGUAGCGGACCACGACAUCGAGGACGAAGCCAACAACUCGCAGAUCACCGUCUACGCCGGCCGCGGGCUUUUGAUCGAGUCCCAAGUCGGCCAGAUCUGGUUGGUCGGCACCGGCGUCGAGCACCAUCAGAUGUACGAGUACCAGCUUUACAACACGAACGACAUCGAGAUGGGCCAGAUCCAGACCGAGACGGCGUACUACCAGCCGAACCCGGAUGCGCAGUUGCCGUUUCUUGUCGAUCCGCGGUUCAAUGAUCCCGUGUUUUUGCCCGGCGAGGACGGCUGGGGAUUGAGGAUCGUGAAUAGCAAGGGUAUUAGAGUGUAUGGUGCGGGGUUGUAUAGUUUCUUUGACAACUAUGACCAGACGACGUGCAUCCCGGGUAGGAACUGCCAGACGGAGAUCUUCUCGUUGGAGGGGACGAAUGAUGUGUCGGUGUAUAACUUGAAUACGGUGGGCACGACGUACAUGGCGACGGUGAAUGGACGGGAUAUCAUCCCGUCGGCGGAUAAUGUGGGUAUGUUUGUUGCUUCUGUUGCGUGGGUUCAUACCUGAAAGGGCAUGGACUCGGGAGGGGGAGGGUUUGGGAGGGAUUGAACUUGGAUAUUCAUUUCGAGGGUUGUUUGUUGGUUGGAUUUCUGUUGGCCUGCGGGUUAUGAAGUCAUGACUAGCUACUUAAUUAUAACGAA